GGCGGGGGUUUUCUUGGCGAGCGCGAAUAAAUGGUGUCGCGAGGAACGAAAACAAACAUCGCUGGCCCUGGCAAUUACUCAUCCUGCGGACCACACGAGCGCAUACAAACGAAACAGUGUUGGCUGUGACCCUUUUUUAUCGGGUUUCUAGCGAUAAGGAAGAACAAACAGUGCUCGUCCUACCCGACAGGAUGCGUGGUUUGGAAUGCAUAUAGUGAUUGGAGACGGUAGAGUGUUGGUUUUUGGCAUGGUGUGCUCAAGGCCAACGCUUCUGCAGCUGGGCCAGUCUCGAGAGUGAUCAAGCGAGGUGAUCCGGACCCGACAAGCUGACUGACUACGCUUGAUUGUACUUCGCACGAGGACUGCCCCAGGGGUCUGCGAAGGGGAUUGCGAAGAUCAUGGUGGGUAUGAGCACCUUCAGCUCACUGACGUUGGAGUCCGUGAUCGGUAUCAGCCUCGGUAUGACCAGCAGCGGGUACGAAGCGGAGCAGAUGCGAAAGGUACUGAUCGGUGAGUUGUUGGUCGCGGUGCGCGACUGCCAGCGACACUACGGUGGCAAGACGGAGCUCGCGACUGAGCAGGAUCCGCGCAUUCGGCUGCUGUGCGAAGCCUGGGAGGGUUUACUUGCGCACGGGCUGAAGCAGGGUAGCGUGUCGGGCAUGCUACAAAACGUAGUCGGCGAGCUGGUGGCCCUGUCGUCCGGUAGUGGGGCGGCCGCUACCGACGGGGCCGUCUUCUGGGACUUUGCCUACCGCCACCUAACCAACCACGAGCGGGAGCGUUUCAGCACGCUGCGGCACGUGUGGUCAGCGUUUGGUAAGGGGCGGGCUCUGCUGCGUGCCAUCCUGAACGAACGGGCUCUCGAGCGGUACGUGCUGAUGUGGUUGAGCGAUGAGCAGCUGCUGACAGAGUACUACGAACCGUGGGCUUUGCUACGGAACGCCGAAGUGCAACAUCUGCUGCCGAACGUGGCCGCCGGCCUGGGCACUAUACUAUUCGCCAUCGCCUUCGACGUACCGGAGCUGAAUGUGGUGCACAGCGGGGACGGAGGUAGCAGUGGCAGUGAGGAGCGAAGGGAACCGAUCAUUGCGACCCGCCGUCCCGCCGGCCCGGUACGCAAGAUCAAUGCAAUCGAGCGUGUCAUCAUGGACAGCGCGAGCCCAUCGCCCUCGGAGAGGGGCCCCUUGGGUAUGCCGCGGACGUUGGCAGCGGAAACACGAGAGGCAAUCUUUUGCGGCAGCAGCAAUAUCACCACUGACGAUAGUUGCUCUUCUCUAACCGAAUCUACCGUUAGCUCCGCUUCCACUACCAAUACCACAGAUAACACUCGCACCGCCGAUAACCCUCCGAUCGAGAGAUCACCCGGUCAAUCGAAGCGCACUAGCUUACAGCAAAGCGAAGAGCCCAUCUUAUCCGUCGAGCAAGCAUUGGUCGCAAUUGAGCAGAACACCGCACAUCGCGUGCCCUCUUGCGAUCGGUUAGAGACAGGCAUUCCAGAACAUGUACCAAACUAUGCUUCCUGUGGCCUGACCGUGGAGGAUGCAUCGAAAGCGGAUGACCUGCCGCUGGCUGGCGUGAGUGAUUUGGCCACGACACUCGCCGCUACCGUUUCGUAUCGAAUGGGUAGUGCAGAAAACUACGAGCGACUAAGGCAACACACUAGCGAGCUCGAGGAGCGCUGCCAUCUGCUUGAAUCGCGCGUUGCCGAGUUGAGCCUAGAAAAUCAUCGGCUUCGUAUGGUCACCAGUGCGAAUCGACACACGAUGGCGUAUUUUAGCUUUGCCAUUCCGAAAGCGAUCCAGCGGACUAGUUCGGGCCGCGCGCGGAGACCCUUUCACGUGUACGAGAUUCGAAUCAGUCCGGCGGGAGGUGGUGCGAUUACAACCGCCGAUGUCGGCCAAGGCAUCCGGAUAGAAAGCACCAACAGCAGCAGCAGCAGCAGCAGCUGGUGUCUCUACAGACGCUACAAUGAGUUCUACCGACUGCAUAAGCGCCUCCAGCGGGAUUACCCCACUGCCAAGACGCUCGAUUUUCCACCGAAAAAAAAGCUCGGCAAUAUGAACGUGGACUUCGUCGAGCAACGGCGCCAGCGGUUACAGGUCUACCUGAAUAGCCUGUUCGCGGUGGUGCUACCGGAGGUGCUGUCUUGUCGGACGCGGGCCCAGCUGGAGCAGGUGUUUCCCUUUUUCUGUGAUGACCGGUUUUGAGCGAUGCGAGCCAAAGUUGGGAGCGAGGCGCAAGGCCAGUGUGAUUCUACGUGAAAGCUAUAUUACCAUACCACAGAUGAUAAAUACAAUUGUUCCCUGCUGUUUUCAACUGA